GCAUGAAUAGACAGGCAAAGUAGAAGUCUAGUGAAACGUAAUAAAAGAUACUCUGAAUCCACAAAAUCUACAAAUUGGUGGUGUCACAUACAAAUCUUAAUUUUCACAACCAUCAACAACGAGGAAGCAUAAAGUGCUGUAUCGUCAAUGGAAUUUGAUCUCCCUUCACUGUAGAUCCAAGUGUAGUGUGACUGAUCAAGUGAUCUCAUCAGAACUCCCUCAUUUUCUGGUGUUCUCAUUGACUUGAACGAUUAAGUCAUGAGGAGUUCGAUUUUCUUCCUUCCUUUGGUGCUUUGUGUAAGAACCUUGGAGUCCGCUAAGAUUUUGAUGUCAGGAGUCUUUGGGGAGGGAAGUCAUUUUACCGCAUUGGUGCCCAUCGGAAAAAGCUUGGUGAACAAGGGACACAACGUCACGUUUUUAAUAAGUGAUGAAUAUUCAUAUCGAGCAAGGGAUCCCGAGCUGUCCACGAUCUUCGAAUUUGAAAUCUUUCAUUACAAUGAUAAAACACUAAAUGCGAGGGAAUUUUUCCGUGGAUAUGAGAAGAUAGGGAUCGAAGGAAGCAAUGGUUUUCUACAAUUGCUGCAGAUGUACAAGAUAGGGAGAAGAAUUCAGGUUGAUAUCUGUGAGUCAGUCCUGCGAGACGAUGACAUGAUGAGUAGACUCGCAUCCAUGGACGCCAUCGUGUUCGAACUGCCUUGGCCAUGCAGCAUAUUUAUCAAAUCAUACAUCGAAAGACACCUGAAUGCCACGGAUGUUCGUAUGGUUCUAUCUUCUGCUACGGCACCUGUUCCUGCAAUGUUCCUAAUGGCUGGAUCACCAUUCAAUCCUUCUUAUCAACCGGCAAGUUACACCAGUUACUCUUCAUCUAUGAACUUCUUCCAGAGGAUCACAAAUGGUGUCUAUUCACUUGUUCUCCAUUCUAUCAUGGAAUUUAUCUUUAACAAUGCCUAUAAACACACGGUUGAAAAAUUCGAUCUGCAUGAAAAUCUUGCCUCCUUAUCCACCUCGCAGAAGCACAUCGACCUGUUUCUGACCAACUGCGAUUUCGCUGUCGAGUUUCCAUUCCCCCUGAUGCCCAAUGUGAUUGCUGUUGGUGGCCUGACGGCGCGACCAGCCAUGCCUCUUGAUCAAGAGCUUGAAGAUUUCAUGCAGAGUUCUGGUAAACAUGGCGUCGUCGUUUUCUCCAUGGGCUCCUACUUCGCGUCGUUCACCACGUACAGACCUGACAUCAUGAACAUGAUUCUCGAGGUCCUUUCAAAAUUGCCACAGAAAGUUGUCAUGCAGAUCAAAGAUCCAUCCUUAUACAGUCUUCCAGAAAAUGUUAAAGCGAUGACAUGGAUUCCUCAAAACGAUCUCUUAGGGCAUCCUAAGACAAAGGUAUUUCUGUUUCACUCUGGUAACAAUGGAUACCUAGAGGCUCUCUGGCAUGGUGUGCCAAUGGUAGUCAUUCCAAUCUUUGGCGACCACAUUGACGUCACAGUAAGAAUUGUAUCACGUGGCCUAGGUUUAAUGAUAGGCAAAGAGAAUGUAAGCACCGAUUACUUACACCAUCAGCUUCAAGAAGUACUUUCGAAUCCUGCAUACAGCAUCACUGCGAAACGGCUCUCCGCCAUCUUUAGAGAUCGCCCAUUAGGUCCAGCGGAUCGAGCUGCAUUCUGGAUUGAACAUGUCAUUAAACAUGGCGGUAAAUAUAUGCAAUCACCUGCGUAUGACCUGUCAUUUAUUCAGUAUCAUUUGAUUGAUAUCGGGGUAUUUAUCUUGGUGGUAUUAUGUAUGUUGCUCUAUAGUAUCUUCAUUCUUUUAAGAAAGUGCGUUGGUCAUAUGAAUGGAAAUCAAUCGAAAGGAAAAACUGACUAAUAACGAUCUGGGAUAAUAAAGCCAUUUUGAUAAAAUUCAAAUGAAAGUGUUAGAUAUGAGGUGCUAUUUAUUUUCAUUCUUCAAACAUGUAUUUUAUGAACAACGAAUUACACGUACUUUAAUGAGUAGAAUGCUAAUUCGGCUCAUAAAACUUUAAAAAUAUUGUAUACAAUAAGAAGAAAAGUCGUGAAAAGACAACAAAAUCCUGCAUUUUUUAGGAAUCCGUUUUCUAUUUUUUUUGUGUCAUGAGGGGUAUUGAAAGAAGUUAACAUAAUUAAAGUUCACAUUGUACAUCUACAUGUCUGUAGUUGUUCAUUAAUUCUGUCAUUACAACACACAUAAUUAAUGGCAGCAAGUGAAUUGGCAUUUUAAGUUAGUAAUUUCAAUUUCUCGCGAUUCACAUCGGGUUGUUGAAAUAAGAAUUGUCAUCUAAAAGUGUGCUUGAUCGUUUAUCCCUUCAGCUCAAUUUCUAAUCUCUCUUUUUACUUAUUUGAUAUGUUUGACAUGAUGUUUUUUAAAGGUCAAGUUCGUCCCCGAAAAAAAGUUGAUUUAAAUAAAUAAGAAAAAUCAAACAUGAAUAACGCUGAAAACUUCAUCUUUUUGCUGGGGCGGACUUGUCCUUUUAAGAUACUUUUGUAGUCAAUGAAAUAUUAGUUGUUAUUAUUUUUGUUAUUGUUAUUAAAUUUAUUGAAUGUCAACGGUUUCUAGACUUUUGAUUCUUGAUGAUACAAGUGUCGAUCGAUUCUACCUUUAUUGUCAAUCGCUCAAAUAAGUAAUCAUGAGGUCUAUUAUCAUUCAUUGAUAAGUAUGUAACUACAUAGUAAUAACAAACAUUUAACAAAUAACCCUUUACUAUAAUUAUGUUUAGGUUAAUUCAUUAUAAUUAUGGUUUCCAAUGGAGAAAGAUUGGUUUUAAGGUGAGUUUUCUAAAAUGCAACAAGUAUGAUUAUGCCAAUGAUAUAGACCCCAUAGACAUCGUUUUUGGAAAUAUAAACCAUAUCAUGAGGUAGUUUUAUUUGCGCAAGGUUUUGCGUUCUAUCUACUAGAAUGAGUACCUCUUAAGCGCAUUAAUAAUCUUACCAUACGGCCUUUAACAAUCGGUUGCAGAUAACAUAUGCUUAGCAACUGGUACAUGGGCGGGUAAACAUGGUGUACAUGUUCCUGGGUUGUUGUGAUUAAUGUAUUAAUGCUUAUAUAGAAAAGAUGUGGUGGCUCACAAAAAUUAUAAUCAUAAAAACACCCUAAAAGUAUUGGUUAUUGAGAAAAUGUUUGGAAAGCUUUGGUGCUCAUUGGGUAUACCUAUGAAAUCAUUCAUAACAUAAGGAAUCUACGGGUCACAAUUAAUUUUUUGAGCUCUUCUGAGUAAAUUAUAAUGAUCUGAACUAUGAUAAACAAUUGUUGCUAUCGAAAAGGUCCCUUAGAAACCGUUACUAUGAAUAAAUGGAUCAAAACUGUUGUGAUACAAAGAAAUAUGCUUUAGAUAAAAAUUUAUGUGACAUAUUGCUAGUAAAACUGUUCCUCAAGCCAAAUAAAGCUCAGUUAUUAAGGUAAAUAUGUUACCUAGUAACUGUUGCUAUAUUUGGGAAACUCACGUUGGCACCCCCUGCUAAAAUAUUCUAGGAUAACUUACUCUACCUUUGUGCCAAUUUUCAUGCUAGUACCUUUUUCUGAACACAUUUUUCACCAAUCACCCAGACUAACCGAACAGGAUGUGC